UAAUAUUUCUCAGAAUAACUUGCGGAACUUACGGAAAUUUUGAGGUUUUGAAAAAGUAAUGCCUCAAAAUCCAUCUUCCAAUGGCUUAAAAGUGGCCUUAGUUGGGGAUAGUAAAGUAGGAAAAUCAACGAUACUCUCGCGUCUUCUGGGAGACAGCUUUAGUCCAUUGUACGUUCAAACGAAAGAGAGAGUGAUAAAGUCAAAGUAUGUUGAAGUAACUGGCGAAAGACCACAAAAACUGCAGAUUUGGGAUACUGCAGGUGAUGGAGAUUACAGAACAAUAGCAGCUUACUCAAUAAAAGAUGUACAGGGAAUUAUAGUUGUAUUUGAUGUAUGUGAAGAAGACAGCUAUAUGCACGUGCAAAACUGGAUGUCAGUUAUUCAAAAUACUAUUGAACAUGCGGACUCCAUAGUAAUUGUUAUUGCGGCCAAUAAAAUUGAUAAAAUUAAAACAAGAAAGAUUCAGCCAGAGCAAAUUGAACAGCUUGCACACCAGUACAGUGUAAAAUAUGUGGAGGUCAGUGCCAAGUCAGAUGACAAUAUUGACAAGUUAUUUAAAUUAGUAGCCUUUGAGUUACACAAAAAAGCAGUUGAGCAAUCAUCAUAUAAAAGAAAUGAAGAUGAAAGUGAAGAUGACACRGACUCAAUAGAAUCCAAAAAAUCAAAAUUUAGUUGUAUUCUUUUAUGAUAUUAGAAAAUAGUUGCUGAAUAUAAUUGAUAAUUAUUGGGGUAUGUGAUUAUUUAUAUUACAGAACCACAAUGUCAUAUAAGUUAACAUUUUAAUCAAUGAGACAUUAUGGUCUCAAAAAAAUGCUUUGGCAAUAAAUAUUAUAAAUUGUUAUUUUCUGCAUUCAUUUUCUGACAGAUAAAAGCAAACUUUUUGAUACUAUUUCAAGGAUAAUAUUGUGUGUUUUGGAGGUUAUUUUUUAAUAUGUAGGUUAAAUAUCUAGUUCAAGGUCUUUYAUUGAAAUUCAAGACCUGGGGAUAGUGAUAUUCAAUAUUGUGCAUGGACAUAGUUAAUAGAGAGGACCUCCUCUGUUGUGGAUKAUAAUAGUAGUGUAGGAAAGCUACAAUAACAAUAGUAUCAUAAAGCUACCUUUUGUCAUUGUUAUGAGCAACAUUCACAAGAAUAGACAUUGAAAUAUUUUAAACUACAAUUUUUAGUGUGUACAAAGUAUAGUAUUAAAUAAGUAGUUUUUUCAUCAUUACACGUGCAGGCAGGCAAAGCCUUGCAGAAUAAAAAAAAAAGAAAUAUUCAUGUAGCAAAUAAAUAAUAUAUCCAAUAGCAGUACAAUUUAUAAAACAAUUGACAAAUAAAUUAAAAAAAACAGUU